ACAGGAGGCACAGCUCUGCUGGCUGUGUGUGGCAGCACCUAGGGACAGCACAUUCCAGUGGGAGAGUUUCUCUGAUCCACUGGGAUCACACCUUUGUGUCACUCAGUUUUCUCUAAGUGAUUUUCUUGAAGAUGUCAGGUGAUGUCCAAGUGCUGGAUCUUGUCAGGUACUGAAUGUAACACUUGAGAUCACACCUGAUCAGGAUUCCUUCUUUCCCCCUCUUGGAAAAGUAUGGUCCUGAUGCAAGAAGUGAUUUCCAAAGUCAGUUUGACAUGAGUGAACUGAAAUGUGAAUUAGUGAGCCAAGAGGGCUAGUUUGGGCUGGGAUAGAGGUCAUUUUCUCCACAUGGCUGUUUUGGGGCAGAUUUGAAUUGUGCUGUAAAGAGAGCUGAUAACCCAGGGAUGUUUUGUUACUGUUGAGCAGGGGGUGCUCGCCCAGUGCCAAGGCCGUUGCUGCUCCCACCCCACACUGCCAGCGAGGGGCCUGGAGGGCAGGAGGAGCUGGGAGGGGACAGCCAGGACAGCUGAUCCCAGCAGGGAUAUCCCAGCCCAGGGGGGUCAUGCUCAGCACAUAAAACUGGGGGAAGAAGGAAGAGGGGGAUGUUUGGAGCGAUGGCAUUUGUUUUCCCACAUGAUACAUGUGAUGGAGCCCUGCUGUCCUGGGGAUGGCUCAACACCUGCCUGUCCAUGGGAAGUGGGGAAUGAAUUCCUUGUUUUGCUUUGCUUGUAUGGCUUUUGCUUUCCCUGUUACACUGCCUUGUCUCGGCCCAUGGGUUUUCUCACUUUUACCUUUGUGAUUUCGUGUCCCAUCCCACCUAGCUGAGGGAGCAGCAGCUGUGUGGGGCUGAGUUGCAGGCUGGGGUUAAACCAUGUCAAGGACAAAUUCCACCAUAAUAUUUUUAAUGUGCUGUGCUGAUCAGGACACUGAAGGGGUGCACAGUGUUAUGUGUGUAAAAUAAGAGGGUGCAGCUGGAAAGCAUUGCCACAGUUCUGCACUGGGAGAAGGCCUGGAAAGCCCUGUAGAUGGGGCUUGAGGAUUUGCUAGAACCAUUUCUGUGUCACAGGCAGAUCCUUUGCUGAAGCUUGGGUAUCACUGGAGCUGCACCAAUGUGGCAUUUUGAGUCCUUCAACCAUUUUUAACAUCUGGUUGUUGGGGUCCCAUUUAGGGAGUAAUGGAUUCUUUGCUUCUUUUCUGCCAAGGUCAGGAUUAAAUCACAAGACAAUAUUUCUUGUUCAGACUCAUGUUUAUUAGUUCUUACCUAUGUCACAGUCUCACAAGCUGUGAGUUCUAUAGUACUUUGCUCUAACAAGGUAGAGAAUGACCAUGUAUCUCUCUCUACAAGGCCUUUUAAGGCUAAACUGCCCAAUUAAGAAAUGACACCUGAAUUAUUUUCACUUUUAACCCGAUAACCAACCACCUGUGCCUGCAAUGUGGACUUUUAUCCAAUUUCACAAAACCACCCAAACCCGUGGAGAAGAAGGACCAGCUUCCUCCCUAAAACCUCCAUCUUGCUUUAUAGAUAUGACUAUAUUCUAAACCCUUAAACUGUGAGUUUCCCCCCCUGUGAUAUUACACACUUCUAUUCAAAUUCCACACCCACAAUCCCAGUGCUGUCAUUCCAGUUUGGAAGCUUCUCCACGGCCUCAGGUCAGUGCAGUGUUCUCUUGGGGGUCAGUGCCUGUCAGCACAGAAAGUCUGAAAUUCUCUGCAGCCAGGGUUCCAACAAGGGAGUGAAAUUUAUUAAUGUCCAGAAGGAUGAUCUGUGUCUUUUCACCAGUAGCUGCUCCUGCAGCUGGGCUCCUGGGGGACUCACCCAUCUUCUCCAUAAUGUGGUGCACUUUGGGAAGCUCCAGUCUGUUGUGGAGAAGGAAAAUACUGGAUGCUGGUCAGGGAUCCCUUCCUGACAUGUCAAAGUGGGCUUUCAGCCUUGUGGUGUGAGGGCUGUCACCAUCAGCCUGUCAACAAGUGCUGGGAGGUUUUGUUCCUGCUGCUGGUGUGGUUUUAAACAUUGAUUUUAAGUAUAAACAUGCCCUUGGAGCUCUGUGGUGGUUCUGCCUCCUGGGGCACUUCAGUUUAGAGCACCUCUUACUGAAGUGAGAGCUGCUAAGUAACUCCUGUUACUGAAGAUAAGCUGCUCUUGGAGAGCUGUUCUGCUGAGUAGUGCAGUGGGGGUGAGCAGAUGGGAGGGGAGGAGGAACUGAAGCAAGUAUUGCCACAGCUGAUAAAAAUAAUGGGCUCUUGGUGGAUGUUUCUGUUUCAGAAAGCACCAAACAGUUGUUUGUGACUCGAUCUGAGUUAAAGGAGAAUAUUUUGGAAGUUACACCGUAUCAGGUUGAUUGUUAAUGUGUUGUGAAACAGUUUAAUAGCAGAGUCCCCACUGAUUUUCCUGAUGGGAUUUUCCUGCUGCUGUGCCUCUUGUUGCUGGAUUGUGGAUGUUAAGAAAAGAGAGAAACUGAAACCUGUAGGUCAGUUAGGACUGUGGGACAUGAGCUCAGGUGGCAAUGAAGAAGACUUGGCUCUCUGCCUAAAAGCCAAGUCUCUUCAUCCCAGAGGUGGGAGCAUCUUCUGAGUUAAAUGGAGCUUCCAGGCAUUUCCUCUUCUACUUGAACUGCUUUGAUUUUAACUCUCUCCUUCCUAAGUAAUUUUCCUGUUGAGGAUUGUCUUUAGCAUUGAGUGUUCUCCUUUAACAUCACCUGCUGCUGGCAGGGAGGAAUGUUCACCCUUUGGGCAUAAAUUAAUUGCUUGCCUGCCUCAACUUUGGAGUGGUAAAUCAUGGGAUUUCAAAAUCCACUCCUGGUCUGCUUCCCCGUGCAAGGAAUCACUAACUCAUGGUGGUGCCUUGUGCCAAAUCCCAGUUUUGUUUACAUCCCUACUCAGAAGAAACUGAAAGCUCUUGGCAAUUUGCUACUAUCUCAUUCAUCUCUUGGAAUUUUUUUCCUGCUGGACAUAUUUUUCAUGGGUGUGAUGUUUUUGGGCAGCGCUUUGUGAGCGCAGUCAUAGCUCUGGAAGCUUCCUGAACAGGACUUUUUUUUGUUUCCAUGGUCUUGACUGGGAGUAACACAUCCCCUGUGGCUGUGACUCUUCUCUGUUGGUGUGUUGGCUUAGUUUCCAGAUGGAUUUAGAAAACCUGGUGAUAAGUCUCCUCAACCUUCCUUAGAUGUGAUUAGGAUGAGCUUUCCUGGUCCAAGGACAAGCUCUGAGCUCAUAUUCCUCCAUCUAGUGAGAAGUUAAAACCAUGCCCUGAAGCUGUGGUUGUCCCCAUGGCAGGUUUGCCAGAGAAGUCCCCUUAUCGGUGAUAUUUUUGCCUGAUGUCUGGGAGAAAUGAUGAGGAAGACUCCAUGAAUAUCAGAAGGCUAAUUAAUUACUUUAUUAUACUAUAUUAUUCUGUGUUAUUUUACACUCUAUUACAUUACAUCUAAACUGAAUCUGCACGAGCACUCACCUGCCCAGAAUCUCGUGGCUGUCAGCUGACAGUCCCGACACACACCCCUGGAGUCAAUUGGUCAGUGAAUCAAAACACUCACACCAGAAUCCAAUUAGCAAUUCCUUUCAGGUAAACAAUCUUCCACAGUGCAUUCCACUUGUGAACUACACAGGAGCAGUAAAUGAGAUAGGAAUUGUUUUUUCUUUCUCUGAGGUUCAGAGAAUGUGAGUCCCAGAAAUAUUCUUGGGAAGUUGUUCCUGGCUUCUCUCUGUGAGGAGAAAUGCAGCUACCUCACCUCCUUUGUCCCAGGAAAGAGAGGACUCUUCGCUCCAGAGUGGUAACUCCAGUGCAUCUGGAGAGGAGAAUCCAGGCUGGGAAGGUCACCAGGUGUUACCAGGCUGCCAGAGCUGCUGAGGGAGAAGGCAAGCAGAGAUUCUUCACUCAGGACAUCAACAACAUUAUACUGGACAUCGAGCUGCAGACACGGGAGCUCAGCAGCCAGGUGCGCUCGGGGGUCUACGCCCACCUGGCCGCCUUCUUCCCCUGCAGCAAGGACACGCUGCUGAAGCGAGCCCGCAGGCUCUACCUCUACGAGCAGGGUGGCCGCCUGAAGGAGCCUCUGCAGAAGCUGAAGGAAGCCAUUGGAAGGGCCAUGCCAGAGCAGGUGGCCAAGUACCAGGAGGAUUGCCAAGCCCAUACUCAGGCCAAGUUUGCCAAGAUGCUGGAAGAGGAAAAAGACAAAGAACAGCGAGUUUGUUCUGAUGAUGAUGAGGAUGAAGAAAAGGGAGGGAAGCGUGUCGCAGGUCCACGGAAGAAAUUCCAGUGGAAUGAUGAAAUCAGGGAGCUGCUUUGCCACUUGGUGAAGAUUAAAUUGGAUGGUUAUGACCUUGACAAGAAUAAGGCUCAGUCUCUAGAGGAUUAUGUGAAGACCUUCCUAGAAGGAGAGGUGAAGCCCCUUUGGCCAAAAGGCUGGAUGCAGGCCAGGACACUGUUUAAGGAGAGCAGGCGUGUACACGGACACCUCACAUCAGUCCUGGCGAAGAAGAAAGUUAUAGCUCCUACUAAGGUAAAAGUGAAGGACUCUUCCUGCAAGCCAGACAAGAAGCUGUCGGUGUCUGUCCCUUCCCUGCACUCCAGCAGCACCUUGGCCAUGUCCUCAGAACCCCAGGGAGGAGCCCUGGGCAUCAGUGCCCAAACCAGGGAGCUCUUGUCCCUUGGGACAGCCCAAGCUGCCAGCAGCUCUGUCACUCCUGCCACCUUCAAGGAUGACUCCUUGGAUGAGGACUUGAUUCACAACCCCACCUCCUCCCUGGAAGCAGUGUCCAAGGAACUGGCUGUGCUGAACAGCAGGGCAGCAGGGAGCCCUGACUUUACUCUUCCUGCAGCUCCAAAAGCUCCACCAGAGAAGAUCCCAGCUCUUGCAUCCUCAGAGGAGAAGAGGACAUUUCCAAAACCCAACCCUUCCCCUACAUCAUCCUCUGGUUCCCUCCAGUCUCCUCUAAACUUCCUAGCUGAGCAGGCCCUGGCGUUGGGCCAGUCUUCUCAAGACAAGAAGACAGAGAACUCUAAUUACAAAGAGCAUUCCUGCCAAGCCUCCCCCAGCAAAAUCCUUCCUGAUGCCCACCAGGCUAAACAGAAGCACCACAGCCUGGUCAGGCCAGGUCAUGGGCCCCCAGCCUCGGCGCCGGUGCCGGGCUCUCAGGUGAAGGUGUUCCACCCUGGUACUCAGCUCCAGAAAACCUUCACCUCCCCAGCUCCCUUUGUCAAACUGCAAAAUCCCAAAUCCUCCACCCCUCUGCCCCAGCGCUCCCUCCUCCAGCAGGUCAAGUCAUCAACCAAAGCUCAGAGCUUCCAUUCCUCCACGUCCCCAAGCAUCACCCAAAACUCCAGCAGCUCCCACAAGAGCCAAGGCUUGUCCUCAUCCUCUCUCAGCUAUGCCGGGAAGCACUCGACUGGCUCCGGCUCUUCAGGACAAUCUUACAAAUCCCCUUUUGUCGCUGGCUCCCUCUCCAAGCACGGAGCUUCUUCCAGCAGCUCCUCUGGAGCUCCUGCCAACCAGGGCAGCUCCUCUGGGACUUUGCUCCCCGGCGUUGCGGCCCCGUCCCCGAUCUCGGCCUCCAGCCGCCCGGCCUCCGGCUCCUCCGUGAAGAAACCUCCCGUUGCCCAGAAGCUGACCCUGGUGGCACCUCCUGGAGGCUCCAACGGAGAUUCCAGCGGGGGCACCCAGGGUGUGGCCAAGUUGCUGACUUCGUCCCUAAAGCCAGCUGUGGUCAGCAGCACCGCAGCCUCUACCUCUGUGCCGAAAGGAACUAGUGGAGCUGUGCUGCUAACAAGCUCUUCCUCCUUAAGUGUACUGGCUCCAUCCUACAAGUCCAACAACCCAAAGCUGCCAGCUGCCCUGAGCUCCACCCCGUUAGGUAUUAUCUCUCCUAUUCAUUCUUUCCCUCUCCAUGUCAUCUCCUUCAGUUCCGACUCCUCCCCAAAAGCAGGAGUUUCCAAGGAUGCAAUAGUUACGGGACCUGCUCCGGGAACUUUCCACCAUGGCCUCGGGCACAGUCUUCUGGCUGGUUUGCACUCCAGCCCCCACCAUGCAGCGCCACUCCCACACUCUGCCCUGUCCACUCAUUUACCACAGAGUUUGCCAGGUAACUUGUCAGAUGCUCGUGUUUGUCUUCUGCCUCGUGAGUCUCCCUCUAUCUCAGCAGAUCCUUCCUUCAGGGCUGGAGCCAAAGUGGUUGUCCAUGUUUUCCAGCUGUGUGGUUGUCACCGAAGCCUCUCUGAGGUACAGAGUGAGGGGCUGGGAGAAACCUGGUCUGGUGGAAGGUGUCCCUGCCAUGGCAGGAGGUGGAACAGGAUGGGCUUUAAGGUCCCUUCCAACCCAAACCAUUCCAUGAUUAGGAAGAAAUGCUUGGCUGUGGAGGUGGGCAGGCCCUGGCACAGGGUGCCCAGAGCAGCUGGGGCUGCCCCUGAAUCCCUGGCAGUGCCCAAGGCCAGGCUGGAUGGGGCUUGGAUCCACCUGGGACAGUGGAAGGUGUCCCUGCCCAUGGCAGGGGGUGGAAUGGGAUGGGCUUUAAGGUCCCUUCCAAUCAAACCAUUCUGGGAUUCUGUGAUUUCUGGAAUGAUGGGUCCUCAGUGCUUACAGCAAGUGUUGGUUCCUGCAGAUACUCUGAAUUAUCCUGCCAGGAUGAAAGCUGUGCCUGUUUGUGCACAGCCUGCCAGGACUGCCCUGGAAUGAAUAUUCCAGCUCUGGGGAGUUUUGUUCCUGGUGGCCUACAUAAAAUGUGUCAGACCAGACUGGCUUAUGUCUGUGCACUGAGUUAAUUGCCAGCAUCUCCUUCACAAGUUUGUAGUGUAAAUGCAGAUUGCUCCACUUGCUGCUCACAAUGUGAGGAUUUGGCAGUUAAGCCUGUUCCUGCCCCAGUUUGAUGCCUGCAGAAGUGAUGCAUAAAACAAGAGUUUUCCAAAGAAGGAGAGAAGUAAGGAAAAUUGAAAUUCAGUGCCAGCAGAUCGUUCUUACCUGCUCCAGGGAGCUGCUUAUUCCCCUGAUAACUCCCAUUUCUGCUUUCUUAGGCGUGUUCUUUAGCACUUUGGUGCAGUUCAGUGCCAUUAUCUUAGUACCUGCUCCUGUUGGGAUGUCUUCCUGGGCUUAGUGAGCCCGAUUUAGGAGUGCUAGCCUGGCCCUGUGGCUGUGUGCAUGGAUAGCCAUGUACCCUCCUGGAGGAGUCAUGGAAUAAAAGGCCCUUGACUGCUGAGCAUGGUGCUUGUUUGCUGAAGAAGGAAGAGUGUGUUGUGCACUUAUGAAAAUGCAAAGAAUUGUUUGGGUUUGCUUCCUUUGCUGAAGUUUGAUGUGGGUUGUGCCAUGCUGAUGUGGUAGAGCUGAAGAAGGUCCUGGCAGUGAUCACUGGUGGGACAGACCCUUCCUUCCUGUUUGUAAAUCACACUUCCUGGAAUGAGAUCAGAGGUUGCACCUUGAACAUGGCUUGUGGAAUAUAUUCCACGUCACUGAGGAGCAGCUCUUUGUCUCUUUAGUUGAGGGAAUUCAGAGUGAUCACUGUUGUUCAGAGGGCUUAUAACAGAAAGUUUUUUGAUGGACUGUUCAGCAGGAUGCAGGGCCAGAAGACAAAAGACCACUGGGAAUAAGUGAAGGAAAAUUGACCAUGGAUCCAGCUUCAGCAAGGACCUGCUUUCUCACUUGGUGUUUUCACUUAAAGAUUGGAGAUGGAGCCUGGUGCUGCCAUCUCUUGGAACACUCCCAGUUCUGGUGUUUUGGAGGAGAACAUAGUAGAUAUUUAAGUGACUCCCAUAACCUUAAAAUGAAUUCCUGUGUGUUGUGGCACAAGCUGUGUUUGGCUGUGCCAACACCUGCCCACAGCUGCAUAGCUGUGUCUGAGCACUACGAGGUGCAUGGGAGGUUGCUGCAAGUGCAAGGGAAUGCUGAAGCCUUAAAUAAAAGUGCUUUUAUAUCCAUGUUCAUCCAAGAGCCUCUGAGCAAAAAGCAUCCAGUGCUUGCCUGUGUGUGGUCGGUGCUUCUGUUGCUGGUGGAGGUUCCUUGUGCUGGGGCUGGGAAUGUGGAAAUGGGAUGUGCUGGGCUGAGCCCUUGCAUGCAAAGGAGCUGUUCUUGGCCUGGAGGAGAAGCUGCUGCUGCACUGCUGGGUGCCACUGCUGCUUAGCUGCACGUCUCAGUGCUCCCAUUUGUUCGUCACAGUCUGAAGUGGUUUUAAUUGCUCCUGGAAAACUUUUGCUUCCUUAAACUUCCUUUUGGUCUCUUCAGUGCAUUUUCUCUUGUCCUCCACAUCCAUUCCUUUCUAUUCCAUCAGUGGUGAGAUUCCUCUGGAUCCUGUUGCUAUCAGUGGGCACCUAAAGCCUUUAUUUUAAAAGCACCUAAUUAAAUAAUUCCAAAAAAAAAAAAAUCAAUAAAGCACCUAAAGCCCUACCUGAAAGGAGUUUCUAGGUGAGGGGUUUGCCUCUUCUCCCACACAGCCAGUGACAGGACAAGAGGAAACGGGGAAGUUUAGGUUGGACAUCAGGCUGAGUUUCUAUAUGGAAAUGGUGGUCAGGCAUUGGCAGGGGCUAUCCGGGAAGGUUUGGAGUCCCCAUCCCUGGAGGUGUCCAAGGAAGGCCUGGUCAUGGCACUCAGUGCUCUGGGCUGGGGACAAGUAGGGGAUGGGUCACAGGUUGGACUCCCUGGUCUUGGAGGUCUUUUCCAACCUCAGUGAUUCUGUGAUUACAACAAGCAAAAGUACAACAGGUUAGGUCCAACCACCUUAGGUGCAAGGCAACCACAGCGUCUGUUUUGGGAUUCCUGGAGGGGGAGAUGUGGCAGGGUGGAUUUAGAGAAGGGCACAGGCCAAGGAGUUCCCUGGCAGCUGGAAUUGUUCCAUGGGGCUUCUGCUGUGAGCCCACAGGGGCUCCUCAGUGCUUCCCUUGUCCCUUCCUCAGAGGCUGGGCUGCUCCCAGUGGAGAGAUGUCUCCAAGCACAUCCUAUUCUUCUUGAUCCCUUGGUGCUGGGAAGGAAGAGUAGGUCUUUCCCUCUGUGCAGCGGCCUGGCUGUCCCAGCUGCCCUUCAGGGGGUGCUGAGCCCCCUUCCCAGCUGUUUUAUUUUCUUUCAGAUGCUUCUCAGCUUCAAGGCAAAGGGUCCAAUGCACAGCAGCGCAAGUUGUGACGCCUGCAAGGAGGGGAGCUCCAGCACCCAUAGGAUAAAACCCAGAGGAACAGGUCACGGACUUUGGAUACCAGCUGCGUCUUUUGAUUUCUUUUUUUUUUUCUUUUUUUUUUUUUUUUUAUGACAACUGGAGAGACUAAACUGCAACAAGGAACUCAUUGGGGCAUCUGCUCAGAGGCUUUCAGAGCUGAGCCCCAUGCAUGGGGCCACCUGGAGCCAUGCCCUGAUGAGAGGAGCCUUUUGUAGCACUGUUUAUUGCUGCUGCCCUUCCUGCAUUCCCUGGCACUGGCAGGAGCUGGAACUCACAGGGAGGCUUGGGUGGUCCUGCAGUGGAUUCCCACCCACUUGUGUCUGUAGCUGCCAAGUACCUCCAAGUCCAGUUACCUCCUUGGUCUCCCUGUGGAGGGUAUGAAAGGUGCUUCUUUCUUCUGCUUUGGAUUUACUUGGAUAAUUCUAGCACUGCCAGUGCUUUCUUGAAGACAUUUGAGUAACUUUCCAAUUGUACUAUAAAACUGUGCUACACUUAAUUGGAGGAUUUAACAUUUCCUGUGUGGUGAAUCUGAGGAACCACCCGAUGUUCCCCUCUGGAGGAGAAGGAAGACUCUUUAGAGACUAAAGACAUUUUUAGAUGCAGUCAUCGACUUUUAGAAUUCUACUUCUUUUGAGUUUUUGGAUUUUUUUUCCCUCCAAAGGGAUGCUUUUUUCCUGCUCAGUUUUAUCCUCAUUGCCAUCGAAUGCAUUGGAUUGAAUGGGACACCUCUUACAUGUCACAUGGAUCGGAAGACAUAAUUCCAGUGCCUUUUAUGGUGGAGCAAGAAUGGACUAGUGACACACAUUUCAGCCCUAUUUUGUGUGCUCCUCGACCCUUUUUUAAUCAUUCUGUAUUUAAAAUGUAUUCUGGUUUAUUUAAUAGAGCUUUUUAUGGUUGCACAUCAGAGAAAAAAAAAAAAAAAGCUGCACUGUCUGGACUUCAGUGGUGACCUGGUGACUGAGCACAGUCCCAAAUCCAGCAGGAGCACCAGUUCUCAUCCCAGUAUGUGCAGGCGGGUUCCAGCCCUCCCCUAAAGCCAUUCUUUCCUAGGGUUGUGAGUUAGGAUCAGUUUGGUGGGCAGAGGGAAUGAGUGAGAUGAACCAAGGUCACGACCUGUCAAAUGAAUUGCAGAGAAAAACACUGCUCUCCUCAAUGGUAGCUGCACCAGGAUCAUGUGCUCAGCACAGCUGCUGGGGGUGUCUUUUCUUGUUCAUUUUUUUAACUACAGAGCUAAAUAUUCCCCUGUGCACCCCUUUUCAGGCUAAGGGCAGGCUGAGGCUCCACCUGAGCUUUCUGAGGUUUGGUUUCCUGCUCUGCCCAGUCUGUCUUCUCUCAGGCCCUCCCAGCAACAUCCCAGUUGUGCAGGGGUAGUGCUGAUCCAUGUAGAAUUUACUGGUAUUCCAAGGAAAAGCUUGUAGCUUCCUCCUUGAGCUUUGGGGAAGGAUGCUGACCCCAGGACACCAGCAGAUGUCUGCUUUAGUUUCCUCUGGUUUUUGUUAAGAUCUGAGAAAGACUGUUUUCUCUUUGAGCUGAUACAUAACUGCCCAAGAUUGGUGAGUUGAUUGUAUUUCAAAUUAAUGGAUACAGCUCAGAUGUCAAGUCUGUUUACAGAAAAUACCUAGGUUGUAGCAGAAGAGCCAAAGACAGAACUCGUGUGGGUAAAACGAAGCACAGCAUUUCUUGGUGGACUCUGAGCACUGGAUGUCGUGUGGUUCCUGUUGAAGGCCUCGUCCUGAGGGGUGCUUGGCACCUUCACCUUCCCCUGGGAGCUGAAAGCUUGGGGCACCUGGUAGGAUAGGGGUCUCAGCGAGUGACUCGAGGCACUGGUUCUCCUCCCUCUCUUUGCUUUCACUUGAAUGCUUCUGCUGGGAAGCCCCCGUGUGCGUGGCCGGAGCAGAAUGCCCUCCUCCUAGGAAUUUAGCGAAGCCUCUUGCCUCAGGGAAACGUUUAUGUGGUGGAAAUUCUGUGGGAUAUUUUUUCUUUACGUGCUAUAAUGAAUGAGUGAGUGGUGUGGAGCAGAGUGGCAGCAAGGCAGGCCCAUGCAGAGCAGCUGAUGGGGAGCCAGGCUGGCACCUCUGCCUUGGUGAGGCAACUUGCAGCGCUUCCAGGAUGGAAUGGGGAGGGAUAGGCUCCCUUGGCACUUACCUGGGGAUGGCAGUUCCUUUUGGGUGUAAGAGCUGCAGUUUACUAUUCUAUUUUUUUUUAUGUGUGUUGGCACUGUCUUGCUGAAGAUGGUGGGGGUGAUAUGAAAAAUGUUAAUCUUGUACAGAACAACUCAAUAAAUCGUUUCAAACUUUCCAAAA